ACGCCGUGCAACAUAUUGCUAAGGCUAGUCGCCGUAUUCUCAAGGAAUGGCAAUAUGAAAGUCAUCGUGGUGCUGUUGACUAUUGUCUCAGCUGCUUUUGCUAGCAAGGCUGUGUUCAGCGUUCAUGAUGACCUCCUCGCCUUUCCCCAGUAUCAAGUUAUUAUAUCCGAUGGUUUCAUUACAGAUAUUGAAGCCGAAAGGCACCUUCGUUCGCCGCCAUCUGAGGCUCACCUGAAGGAGCAACAGCCUGCUGUGGAGCUGACCCGUCACAAUGCUCCUGCUGACGAUCGCCCUCCCAAGGGCACCAGGGCAGAUGAUGAACCGACUGGUGAGCUUUACGAAAAGUUACUUCUAAAAGACAAGGAAUAUCUCUGCACUAUCCCAAAAGUUGCUGCUCCGGAGAAGAAUGCGACAUUUCAAGCAGAGAAACAGCAGGAGCACGAGCAAGAGCUCGCUCGCGCUACUGACCGUGGCUGGGAGCUGCUGAGCAAUAUGGAAGGCUGUCUAUACUAUAUUUCAGGAUGGUGGUCGUACUCGUUCUGCCACAAUAAUCAGGUCAGGCAAUUCCACCAGCUUUCUCCGGGGAAGGGUGUCCCCAAUUAUCCACCCGCCGAAGACCCUUCGGUACCAUCAUUUGUGCUUGGGCAAUAUGAAUCCAAAGGGCGGGGAUCUGCCAAAGGCGGCACGACAAAAGAUGAUCCGGAUGCAGCCAAGGGUCAGAUGGGCGUUGCCCAGCUUCAAGCCCGUGGUGAAACACGAUAUCUCGUACAGAAGCUAGGUGGAGGCACUACGUGCGACUUGACGGGCAGGGAAAGGAAAAUUGAAGUCCAAUUUCAUUGCCACCCACAAUCUAUUGACCGUAUCGGCUGGAUCAAAGAAGUUUCGACAUGCUCAUACCUUAUGGUUGUCUAUACACCUCGUCUUUGCAAUGACGUAGCAUUUCUACCGCCGCGCGAGAAUCGAGCCCAUCCAAUAACAUGCCGUGAAAUAACCCCGGCAGCUGACGUGCCUGCGUGGAAGUCACGGAAAUCUACGGAAAUCCAGGAAAGGUUAAUGCGCACGACGUAUGAAACUCGGGAGGGAGAAGGCGUCAAGGCUCGACCGAUUAUUGGCGGGAUUGAAGUGGGUGCCAAAAAAGAGGUCGGCGGUGAUGGCCGGCGCAUUGAAACGUCCUCGACGGCUGCCAAAUUACAAGCGUUGGAAGGGAAGGACGAGAUUGUGGAAGUAGUCGCGGUGGGUGAUUCCGUGGCCAAAGGUGGACGAGUCCAGUCCCUUGGAGACGAAGAUCUGCGAAAGCUAGAGCUCGACCCGAAAAAUAUUGAAGACCUACGUAAAGAGGUUCAAGAGCUCGCAGGCGAAAAAGGGUGGAGAUUGGAGAUCAUCGAGCUGAGCGACGGCACACGUGGCCUUCGUGGAGUUCUCGACAUUGAUGAAGAAACAGAAGAAGGAUAUGACGAGGAGUAUUAUGGAGAGGACGAUGGCGAGAAACAUCCCCAAGGCGAAAAAGAGGGUACAAAGCGCGAAGAAAAGAAUGAUGAUGAGAAUGAGAAGGAUAAGGGAUGGACUUUUAAGGAGGAAUUAUGACCUGCUUUCAUCCUCUUAUAUCCUGAACCGUUAUUUGCAGUUUUCUCCUGUCUUACUACUUUGCUUCAUUUCUUUCUUCUCUUAGCACACCUUGCAUGGUUAGGCGUUUCAUACCUCGGCGAUACAGCAGCAAAGAGACAAGGUGGAGUAUAUAACAUACUGAACUUGAAUUAACCGCACGAGAUAUCCUAUCAGCUGGUAUAUGGCUCUCCGUUUUCUGACAAGCUUACAAUAAUACGAUGUCUAAUUGAGAUACUCUUUAUCUUGGAGUCUAUAUGUUACUUCUUGAAAACAUGAAGCAACCAACUAUUGGCUUAGUAGUAGGACGAAUUACAUUGAAAUCCAACGCC